GAAAGUAGGCUCCCUCCAAAUAAUAGAAUAACUAUUUGCUUUCCUUUUUCCUCAGCAAUAAUCUAAUACAGUAAUCAACAUAAUAAUGGGAAAUACGUUAAUAAAAAUCAAUUUGUUAUUUCCAUUUUUUAAUUUUAUUAACACACAUUUUCGUACUUUAAGUGUGUGCAAUAAUCAUGUUAAUAAUAAAAUCUACUGCGUAUAUCAAGUUAUAUAAAUAUUGUUCAAUCGCAAUUACUUAACUCGAAAGAUGUUAAAAAGGGCAGUAUGGCGUUUAAAAUCAACAUUUUGGAAUGUUCAAUCACGACCCGCUAGUAAGUUGUCAGUCAAACAUAAGGAAAAUAUUGAAGACAAAAUGCAAGCAUGGCAGAUACACUCGUAUGAUGGUUUAGAAGAAUUAAAGUUGUCAAACGUCAGAAUUCCAAUAAUCGCUAGACCAACAGAUGUAUUAAUAAAAGUCGAAGCGUCUAGCGUGAAUCCAAUAGACAUUGCUAUGACAAAAGGAUAUGGAUCAGCAGUUUUAAAUUUUAUGCGAAAAGCAAGAACAUUUACCAGUGGUGGACAAUACGAAGGAUUGGAACUACCUUUAACGCUUGGUAGAGAUUUUUCUGGUAUAAUAGUUUCAAAAGGACACGGUGUGGGCAAUAGAUUAAAGUUAGGCGACAAAGUAUGGGGUGUUGUACCAGUUGAACAACAAGGUUGUCAUGCUGGUUAUGUAAUUGUAGAUAAUACCUUGGUCAGUUUGCAACCUAAGAAUCUAUCUUACAUUGAAGCAGCUAGUAUAUUAUAUGCAGGGCUUACAGCAUGGUCUGCAUUAUGGAUUACUGGUGGAUUAUGUUAUAAAACUGCCAUGGCCAUCAGAAAGAAUAACAGAAUUUUAAUAUUGGGUGGUUCAGGUGGUGUAGGAACUAUGGCUAUACAACUUGCAAAGGCUUGGAAUAUGCAUGUCAUAACCACUUGCAGCAGUGAUGCAGUUAAUCUAGUGCAUAAAUUAGGAGCCGAUGUUGUAAUUGAUUAUAAAUUGAAUGAUGCAGAUUCCAAAAUAAUUAUGGAGGGACCAUACAGCAUAAUUUUGGAUUGUGCUAAUCAAGGUCCCUAUGAAAUACGUUCAAAAGGUUAUCCCCAUUGUACAUACAUAACUUUAAAUUCACCAUUAUUAAAAAAUAUUGAUCAACAUGGACUAAUUGCCGGAGCUGUAAAAAACGUGGGAGAGUUGAUCAGGUAUAACGUUCCAACGGUCGAAAAUAAAAGUUGCGUAAAAUGGGGCUUUUUUGCACCUUCUCAAACAGGAAUUAAAACCCUUCAAGAAUAUGUUGAAAGUGGAGAGGUUGUUCCUGUAGUUAAAAAAGUAUAUCCAUUCCAAGAGUUACCAGUGGCAUACAAUCGAGUGGCACAAGGCCACUUAAGAGGUAAAAUAGUUAUUGAUAUGAGAUAACACUAGCAAUGCAAAAAAUUAUAAAAAGUAGCAGGUGUGUGUGUAAAACAGAAACCCGUCUGUGAUCGUCAAUGAGAAUACGUGUUUUACUUUAAUAAAUUCUAAUUAUAUUUUGUAUAUAGUA